CUGCUUCUGAACCCACACACAAACGCUUUUCACUUUCAGCAAGCGCCACCAUCCUCCGCCGCUCACCGCCGCCGCCGAUUCUGUAUUUGACCUCCGAAACCCUAGAAGCUUCACAUCGUAGAUAGAUUCUUCUAGAAGAAAAUGUGGAGAAGACUCUCUUCUCAGCUCCGAGCUCUAACUCCAUCCCUAUCUCCUCCGAAAUGCAACCUUUUCGUAACAAGUUCUGUUUCAUCUUCGUCUCUGACGUCGGAGAUUUUUCGUCCAUCCGUGGCUCUGUAUAAUCGACAUUUUAGCUCUGAAUUUGGCAAUGCUUCUAAGGAGAAUGAAGUCGAGCAUGGAAACUUACUCAAAACUAGAUUGAACGUGUCUGUUCACUCUGAGAAUAACAGACAUGCUUCACUAACAUCGCCUUACAAGGGUUAUAGAUCAUGUUUAUCGCAAUACAAUGCCAUGGUCCCAAGUUUCCCUAGAAGAUUCAUUACAACAGGUGCUACUUCAGUUGACAUGGUUUCUGAAGAUGCUUCUGCUUUGGCAACUCCACGUAUCAAAUUUAAGAGGCUUGAUAAAACAGCAAAACAUAUAAUGCAGAUUCUUGAUAAGGAAGCUGUUGAAGAAGUAAGGGCACAGAGUGAGAUUCCUGAUAUAAAGCCUGGUUAUAUUAUCCAGCUCAAAUUGGAAGUGCCAGAGAACAAGAGACGUGUUUCAACUAUCAAAGGCAUAGUGAUAGCAAGGCGCAAUGCGGGUUUAAAUACUACAUUCAGAUUAAGAAGACUUGUGGCUGGAGUUGGGGUUGAAAACCUAUUUCAUCUGUACUCUCCCAACCUAAAGGAGAUAAAGGUGCUGGACAAGAAAAGAGUGAGGAGGGCCAAGCUAUACUAUCUCAGGGACAAAAUGAAUGCCCUGAAAAAACACUAACAAGCUAGCUAUGUGGAAGGUACAAUAUAAGUGUUCGAUGUUAUUGCCUAAAGAUAUCCGUCAAAUUCUUAUGCGGUACCCUAAGAAAAUGCUGUUUAUCUAUCAGGGUCGAGCCUAUCAUCUCAAAGUUGUUUCGCCAAUGUAAAAGACUGCAGCAGAAAAGAAUCUUAUUGUUCCAAUUCUGGGUCACAGGUUUUACUUAUCUCUAUUGAUCAACAUGUAUCAGCAACAUACUUUUCCUUUUCGAGCAGGUAACUUUUACUAUGUCGCAAGCAGAUCUUGCCAUAGAAUUAGCAUAUCUUUUUGUUAGAUUCUACGACUCUCAUAAACCGAGAGUGGUUUAAAAAAAAGAUGUUUUGUUGACUACAUCAGAACUGAAUGAAAAGCUAUACGAUCUUUACUAAGUUUUAGCAAUUUCUGUUGAGCUGCACUUGUGGUCUCUGUGACUUUACCUGAAGAGAUUCAAAUAAAGCAUAUUUCUCUUUA